CUGGUCGUCACUCAAGGAUGGAGGGGUCAGGGACAGUCACGUCCCUCCAGGAGUUGAUAGCAUCCAUAGACCGCGCCACGCUACCGCGCAUUCUCCAGGUUUGUUCGGGAGUCUAUUUUCAAGGGUCCGUGUACGAGUUGUCGGGGAGUGAGGUGUGCCUGUCCACUGGGGACCUGGUCAAGGUCAUCGACCUGAAGCUCCUGUCUGCCAGCUGCACUGACAUCUCCUCCAAUAGCACAUAUGAACUCCCAAUCGACCACAAAGGGCUGUUCAAGGUGGUUGCGGAGGACAUGGCGUACAGCUCUGUGGAGGAGAUGGUGGGCCUGCUGCCGGUGGGGGUGGACGUUGUGGGCUCCUUCUCCUUCGUCACCCGCUCCCAGCUGACCGUGGGUAACUUCUCCAUGGCGCCGGGACAGGUGCUGACACUGCUCUCCUCCGACCAGGGCUACGCCCGCUGCCAGGUGACAGGUCCAGAAGGCUCCAAAGUGGAGGUGCGUAUCCCUCUGUCUCAGGCGGGCCUGUUCUACGAGUGUCAGAGUGAGCACGGCUACUCGCUACGACAGAUCCUGUCGUCCGAGCGCCUCCGCAGCCGACGCUUCCGCAGCGUGACCUCCAAGUCUUGCGGGGGACCGUUGCUCUUCUCUCCCAUCUACCAGAUAGAGGCUAUCAUGCACAUGAGGAAAAACAUUGUCAACUUCCCCUCCAGCCUGGAAGUGGACGUGGUGGACGUCACAGAAACCAGCCAGCACAUCGAGUUUGUGAAGCCCCUCACCCUCCCAGAGGUGUGCGCCCAGCACCCACACCCCCCACAAGGAGGAGACGCCGCCGCCGCCGCCGCCACCAUCUUCCCCGUCGUGGCGGAGAUCCUGGAGGCGCCCGAGGCCUCGCGCCACUUCUUCCAGUGCGAGUGGCACCCGCGGCUGCAGAAGGGCGCGCGGCUGGUGCUGCACGGCCACGGCGAGCGCAGCAUGGUGCUGGCCUCCACGCCGCAGGGCCGCAAGGCGCGCCAGUACUUCCUGCUCCAGUCGGAAUACGCCGGCAGGCUGCGGAGGAAGGCCAGGGAGUUCGGCUCGGUGUACGAGCUGUACGUGGCUGCCAGCCGGGUGGGAGGUGGAGGUGGGUCGGUUGGGGGCGGAAAGGGGGUGACGAAAGGAGGUGGUGUGGGCGAGGGGCUGAGGGUGAGCGCUACGCGGAACUGCGAGGCGGUGGAGGAGGAGGGGCUGCCGGAGCUGGAGGUGGGGGAGCAGCUGGAGGUGCUCAGGUGUGAACCGGUGGAGCUACCUAGCACAGGUGAAGGGGGCAAGGCCAAACAGAGGGUGGAAGCACUUUUGUGCAGGCGCAUACAGGAAGAUGACGACGACGACGACGACGAUGACGAAGAAGUCGAAGACGAUGAGGACAAAGGAGGAAAGGGGCACAGCAAAGCGGACCUGGUCCACUUGCCGCUGUUCAUGGGAGCCCAAUUCAUGGAGGUCAUCUCGGACAAGAGGAAGUACAGCCUGGCCGAGCUGGGGAAGGGCUUCUCUCUUCCCCUGGACGUCAAGGUGGCGUCGCGGGACCCCGACCUGGAGAAGGACCCUCUCCCUGGACUGCCGGUCCUCAGGCUGGAGGAGAUGGCAGUGGAGCCCUGUGUGCGUGCCAGCCUCCUGGAGAAACCUCACCUCUGCUUCGAGCUGCCCACGAACUGGCUGCACAUGUCUGUGUCCUUCACGUCCGAACCCUUACCCUGGCCAAGGGAACGAGCCCCGAGGCUCUGCCUGGAGACAGUCACCGAGGUCAAGGAGCAGUUCUACUACGAGUUCCGCAAGCUCACCACCAACCAAGAGGCCGCCCCGCCUCCGCGGCCCCCCAAAAGGGCAACGUCUCAGGAGCCGACGGCCAAACCCAAACCGCUGGCCAAAUCAACCAGGGACAGGGAGAGGGGCAGGGACAGGGAUAUGAAGAAGGACACGCCCCCGGAACUGGGAAAGAAGACCAGAAGCAUGUCCACCAGCCUGUGCCAGCUGUCAUUGGACAGUGGAAGACAGAAGAGAAAUCCUCCUCCUCCUCCGACCCCGACAGAGAGUGCCGUCGAUGAGCCACCGCCGAUCAUUCCUAGAAAGCCAGAGGCACACAGGGUGAGCAGCACAGUCCCCAACACCUACGUCAGGGGUCCCAAGAAGAAAAAGGACAAGACCAGAGGGAGAUGUGACUCAGACAGCGAGCACGACUACGAGACAGUAGAGGACAUGGUGAGGAAUGCCCAGGAGAGCGUCAUGUUCUACUGACCCAACGUCAGCCAAUCGGAUGCAUCACAUGCACACAAAAAAAGAAAUCAAAGACUUAAAAAAGAAGACAAAAAUAUGUGGACCUUUGAGGAC